UCAACGUCGCUUCGUUUCGGGGGGAUUUUUUUUUUUGCGCGAAAGAAGAAGAAGUGUGACACUUCGUGGGGCGUUCAAGUUCUCCCUCGUGCAGCGAUGUCAGUUCUGGGCGUUUAACUGCACGCGCGCCAUGUUGCACUAGAAGGCCCACGCUGGACUGCGGGGUUUCUGUUAUUUACGCUCCAAGUGACUCUUGUUAUUUGUUUCAAGUCAAGCUACGGUCGUCUGGCUCCUCCGGAGAGACGGCCGGUCCCAUGCCAGCGCCCUGCUCGCCUGGCUGCACUCCACCCAGAGGACGGUGCCCUGGGCUCGGGGGUUAGAUGGUGCUGAUCACGGACGACAGGGAUGGAGGCGGCGUUUCGUCGCUCCGGGUUAAACAGCUCCAUCAGCAGCAUAAAGUCGGCGGAAACAACACCCAAGUCCACCCUACUAUUGUUGAGGAGCCGCUGUCCCGCCCCGACGACGAGGACUACCUGGGCUCGUGCGAGGAGGACGAGGAAGAGGACGACGACGACGACGAGUCCGAAGAAGUUGACUUUGAGGACUUGCAGGAUUGCCGGAGCAUCGUGUCGGACGACUCCUUCUACCCGCCGGACGAUGUGUUCGCGGACUCGGAGCGCACCCCGUCCCCGCAGAGCCCGGAGCCGCUGUCCCUCUUCCAGGCGUGCUGCUCCAACAACGCGUCCAUCGUCCGGAUGAUGGUGCGGCACGGCGUGAAGGAGGAGGAGGUCCACCACAAGGACAGGAACAACAGGAUAGGGCUGUUGGUCGCAUGCUACCAAGGUUAUGUGGACGUCGUCAUAGCGUUGUCUCAGUGUCCGUAUCUGGAUGUCAACUGGCAGGACAGCGAGGGAAACACGGCUCUCAUCACUGCUGCUCAAGCAGGCCACAUAACCAUCACCAACUAUCUGCUCAACUACUACUGCGGGUUGGACAUCGAGAGGAGAAACUGCCACGGCUUCACCGCUCUGAUGAAGGCCGCCAUGCAGGGCAGGGUGGAGUGUGUGCGCUCGCUCAUGAUGGCGGGAGCCGCCUUGAAUGCCAGGGACUCAGGCCGCAACUUCACUGCCAAGGAGUGGGCCUUUUUCACGGGCCGUUAUGAGACUGCUUGGGUGAUGACGCGCCUGAUGGAGCGGCCCUGCCCGCAACAGUACUGUGAAUCAUACAGUCUAGAGUGGCCCCCACUGGCAUCACUGGCGGCCAAAGCCCAGGAGCCUCGUGGCUGCCUGAAGCGUCUGUCCGACACCGUGCGGAACAUCUUCAACAUCUCGAAUGUCACCAACCCUGAGGAUCAAGGUGUUGUUGACCACAUGGUUUCUAUAACGACUGCCAUGAGGAGCCCAGUGGUUGCUGUGGCAUGCCAUACAGUGUGUCCAGACAGCCUCCCGAGUGUGGGCAAGCGGCGUUACGCGGUCCCGGAGAUCAUCCGCCAGCAGCGCGCCAAGGAGCUCCGCUCCAUCAACCCCGACAGGGUGGACACCCACCUCAAACUCUUCCAGAACUCCCGGGUCACGCUGGUGGCCAAGAACACGGCCGACCGGCGGGCCAGCCUGCAGGCCCAGGGCCUGCCGCCUCGACACAGGAGCUCCAGCCUCAGCGCGGCGACUCAUAACGAGGCCCUGGAGCUGCGGCGGACCAGCCUGCUGCCCAUGCACAUGGUGCUGAGGAGGAGCAGCGUCAGGCCGGGGUUCAGCAUCCCCAAGGUGAGGGUCUCCAAGGCCCCCACGCCCACCUAUCAUCCAGAGAAGAUACGGCGGAGGAGCAGCUCCAAGGAUGGAGGGGGGCACUUGUUGCAACCACCAAAGUGGCGGUACAAGGAGCUAAAAGAAGAACGGAGGAAAGCUGAGGAUGCAGAGAGGAGGAGGCUGGAGGUUUUAACCAAGAAACAUCUUGAUGGGAAAUAAUAUAGCUUACUAUACUUUCAGAGAUCAGAGUUUUGGCUUUAAUAUUUCUCCACAUGAUAGGAAUAACAGGAUGUGUUUUCUAAAACAAGAAUAAAAUACUGAAGGCUGCAAGGGAGGUGCAAGUUGGCAGCAUUACAUGUACAAUGCUCAGCGUUCUUCAUGAUGUCAACCAAAGAUUUCCGGGGGGAUUUGAUACUUGAAAGGAUUUGAAUUAACUUAUUUUUUGUAUUUAUUACUUUUUGAUGGACGGCCUAGUCUAUAUUUUUUAACGCUUUGGGUGUUCAAUACAACAGUGCUUUUACAGUGAGUUACACUGUAACCACAGCAGGAAUAAGUUAAUAUUUCUGCAUAAAAAUUCAAGCAAUUUAUUAAAGGUGUUAUAGUCGUGAAAUGAUUCACUGGAGAAUACCCAUCGGUGUGUCACGUUGACUGAAAAAGCUUUAACAGCAAUAUUUUAGAUGCUUCUUGUUCUGCUUUGUAAUGAAUCCAUGAAUGUAAUUACAUAAACUUUCUAUUUUAGAUUUUAAUGCUUUUUGAUGAGAAAUUUUAUUUUUUAUUAAAAUUUAGACUUUUUCACUUACUGAUGUACAAACAGCGAUGUUUUCUAGUCUUAACUCUCGAGACCAACACUGAAUUGUGAAGCACUGUUACUAUCUCAAAUGUUUACAUUGCAAAACCCCAAAUCAAUGUGCUGUAAGCCACCCUGCUAUUACAUUCAGUGUGUACAGGCUAUAGUGAUGCUUUAUUACAGUAAUCAACCCCCCCCCCCCAACACGUUUGUGUGGAAAGUUAAUAACAAAAUGAUGGUAUUUUCUACCCUUCUUUAUUUUUUAUAAAAUCAUUAAGCAAUACUGGCAUGUGUUGGAUCUAUCUAGGGUGAACCAACGUGACAUUAUAUGUGAUAAUAAUGCCGAACAUAUGGACCCUCUGAUAAAACUAGAUGAACCAUUAUAGAUUUAGUGGCAAGCUCCCUGUUUUAACAUUCAAACAGUGAAAAUAAUGGCUGUGAGUUUAAAACACACUGAACCGCAAGGAGAGCAUUGAUAAUGUCAGAGCGCAAUUUCACGGUCGUAACUCCUCACGGCCAUCGCAGCGUAAGUACCAUCCACAAGCGUGUGUCUAAUUAACAUGGUGAUGAGUUGCUAAGGGGUUACAAAAUAAUUUCAUCUAAACCCGACAAACUGACCAAACUGCAGUGACAAACGGUAACUGUGAGGAUUAACAUAUUUACCAUCAACAUUAGAGGAUUUUUCAUAUGAAAAUGGCUUCAUGCUGGCAAGGCACAAUCAUGGCCAACACUGUCUUCUGUUUGCAGUUUGU